GCACGCUGCUGAUUGACAGAUUUGACGGUAAUGUGGCAUUUAAUGAUCAAAACAGCUUUUUCGCGCGUUUUUGCUGUUGUUAUUGACACAAACACGAAGUAAAUAGUUUAUUGGACAUUCUUGUGAUUUUUUACGUGUUUUUAAUUGAAAUUAACACUUGUUUGGAGUGCUAUAACUGUAACAUGGCGAGAACAAAGGCGUCUGUCGGAUCUAAAGUCUCCGCUGGUAAGAGCAGCAAGGCUAGAUGCUGUGUGGCACCCACUCCUAGCAGUUCCGGAAUGUCCUCCAGUUCAGAGAAAGGCUCCAAAGGUUACUCCGGGGGAAACCCAGUAUGUCCACGAGAGACACCAAAAUGGCAGAAACCUAUCACCAAGUUCUUCAUCAGCAAGGAAGACCCUCGAGAUGAGGAGGCGGAUGUCGAUGAUGAGACUGCUACCACAUCAAACUCAAAACCAAAGGAGAAGCCAAAUGUAAUCUACUCAGAUUCAGAAGAAGAAAUCUUAGUAGAACAACCAAAGAACAACGUUUUAGACGAGAGCCUGGAGCUGGAGCCUCUAAAUGGCGAAGAUAGCCACAAAAUUGAGGAAUAUUACCCUAAGGGGUCAAAGGGUAAAGGCGUGGGUAAGAAGUCGAAGGGUAAAGAGAACAGGGCUGAUAUCAAGAGGGUUAGAGAAGAUGAAGAUGUCGAAAGUGAUUGCAAGAGGGUAAAAGUUAAUUAGGAUUCUUUUUUGAAAUUAUUUGUUGUGUGUACAGUAUGUUUGGGAUCGGAUUUUCGAUACAGGUAGGUGGUGUGUCAAUUUUGUUGUUUAGAGAGAUUGUAAUAGGAUGUUUAUCGAUUUAUCUAUUUAAACUGAAAAUCGUUUUGCAUCGAGGCUUGUGGAAACCAAUCUACUGAUAUUAUAAUAAUAAUAUAACGAGGAAAUAAUAUUAUAAAGAGGAAAUAUUUCAAAAGGAGGCUUAUUUUUUGCAUUAAAUAAAGUUUAAGCCGAGGAUAGACAAAAGGACCAAUAAUACAUAACGGAAAAUGUCCCAAGACAUAUUAUAUCAGCGACAUGUCGAGCGAAGCUGGCCGAUAUCGCCCGACAUAUACGGCGACAACGCGCAACUUAUAUCCACAGUGACGUUGAUGUUGCCAAACAUAUCGACCAAACUCCGGCACCGUCGCGAUACUUCACCCAACGUCGCUAGCGACACCUUAUAUGGCUUGGCUUCAAAAUUAAUACUGGACAGAUUUGAAACACUUCUACCAUUGAUCGCGACUUGGCCUGUUAUAAGGAUUGGUCGAUAUUAUAAUAAAAAUAAUGUAUCGAAAACCCGAUCCUGAACACAAUCACAUUCCUAAAAUGUUUGUGUUUUCAUAUUGAUAAAACAUUGCUGGUUUUAUUGUUUUAUCAUAAUAUACAGAAUGUAAACGAACUCUCCCGAAAACCGCUGACAAAAAAGAAAUUGUUUUUACAAUUUGAAUCGUUUCUGUUUCGUGUUAUUCAUACAACAUCAGUCUUGAGCAGUUGAUUACAACUAUUGUUACAUACUAGCUUCUGCCAUCGGCUUCACCCGCGAUCCUAUGGGUAAAAUGCUUAAAAAAUGGCGUAGCUUCUCACGUUUUCCCCUUGGAAAUGUUCCCUUCACUGCUCUGCUCCUAUUGAUUGCAGCGUGAUGGAAUGUAUACUAUUACCUCCCCAGGAGUAUGAAGAAUUGUCCCAGGUUUUGUUAAAACACUUUGAGUAGUUUUUGUUUCUAUAAGGAACAUACAGACAGAAUGGGCCGGCGCGAUCGGAGUGAUACCACGGCCUC